AUGGGAGACUUUAACGAGAUCAUCAGUCCCUCGGAGCACUCCAGCGCUGAUCACUCAACCUCAACCAGGGGUAUGUGUGAUUUCAGAGAAUGUCUUCAACAAUGUUCUCUCUCUGACCUUCAGUACAGCGGAAACACUUUUACCUGGUCAAACUCGUCUGUGUCUAAGAAGCUGGAUCGUGUUCUCUACAAUGAAGAAUGGCUAGAGAGCUUCCCCGAGUCCAUUGCAGUUUUUGGCAAGCCUGGCAUAUCUGAUCACAGCCCUUGCUGCACCUUCCUAGACCAAUUCAAACCUCCUCAGAAACGCCCUUUCAGGUUCUUUGCUCACUUAAACAGUCACCCUGACUUUCAAGAACUUGUCAGAUAUGUCUGGAACUCUCUUCCUUUCCUGGGUUCUAAGCAGUUGAAGGAAAUGAAGCCUUUCAUUCGUGCUUUCAAUAAGGAAAAUUACUCAGAGAUCGAGAAGCCGGUUCAAGAGGCGUUUGAUCAUCUCACGGACUGUCAGCAAGUCUCCCUGUCUGCACCAAGCUCACUUGUUGCUGAUGCAGAAAGAUCGGCCCACGCCAGGUGGUAUGGUUUGGCCAAGGCUGAGGAUAAAUUCCUUAGACAAAGAUCAAGGGUGCAAUGGUCGGUUGAUGGGGAUGCAGGCACUGCCUUUUUUCGCCGCGCUAUCCGAGCAAGACAAUCCCAAAACCAUAUCCAUUUUCUGCUUGGUGAUGAUGGUCGUGUAAUUGACUCUCUCGAGGGGAUAAAAUCUCACGCAGUUAACAACUUCCAGAAUCUUUUGGGUGGUGCCAACGCAUCUACAACAUGUACUCCUGAUGACAUUGCGUCGAUUAUGCAAGUUAGAUGCUCCGCCGAAGCUAUUACCUCUCUUGCUGCACCAUUCACUGAUCUCGACAAUGAAAAGGCAUUCUUGUCUCUUCCAAAGAACAAGUCUCCUGGACCUGACGGCUACCCCGCUGAGUUCUUCACUGGAAAUUGGAAGGUGGUUGGCCGAGACUUAAUAGCUGCGGUGAAAGAAUUCCUGAGCACGGGGGAACUGCUUCAACAAUGGAAUGCAACUCUCCUUAUCCUGGUCCCCAAAAAGACCAAUGCCAACAAGAUUACUGAAUUCAGACCUAUAGCUUGUUGCAACAAAGUAUACAAGGUGGCUUUAAAGCUGCUAGCCAAUCGACUGAAAGACCACCUCCCGACUCUAAUCUCCUCCUCUCAGUCAGCUUUUGUUCCUGGUCGCUUGCUGGUUGAUCUCCAGAAUGCGUUCGAUACCCUGGACUGGAACUUUGUUCUCUAUACCCUAGAAGCUUUGGAGUUUCCUCUGGUCACUCACCUAUCCUUUGCUGAUGACCUGAUAAUCUUCACAGAUGGGACGCCUAAUUCUGUGAAAUGCAUUGCUGAUACAAUGGAGGACUUUGCUCUCUGGUCGGGCCUGAGUAUGAAUAAGUCGAAGACAGAGCUGUACACUGCUGGCCUGAGCAAUCAAGAAGCCUUAGAAAUCUCUCGGCUUGGGUUCACAAUGGGUUCAAUGCCCAUACGAUACCUAGGUCUCCCGCUGAUGUAUAGGAAGCUGAGACUUUCUGACUACAGGCUUCUAAUUGAAAGGAUUGCCUCAAACUUCAACUACUGGUCAGCUAGAGCUCUCUCAUUUGCAGGAAGGAGACAGCUCUUGUCAUCAUUCCUUUGGGGUGGCACAGAAACGAAGAGAAGUAUUGCUAAAGUGGCAUGGAAGACUGUGACUCUCCCUAAGAUUGAGGGUGGCUUAGGUCUUCGAGAUAUUGGUCGAUGGAACAAAACGCUCUAUCUCAAGCUGAUCUGGAGACUAUUCACAGCUAAAGACUCGCUAUGGGCAUCUUGGGUAAAGGAGUACCGAAUAAAAGGAGCAAACUUCUGGGCGAUGGAUGAAACAAAAUGUUCUUCAUCUUCCUGGCGAUCUCUGCUUUCUCUUCGUGGUCUAGCUGCAGUGUUUCUAAAGGCAAGGGUGGGUAAUGGUCAGCAAGUAAGCUUUUGGUAUGAUCAGUGGACGCCCCUUGGACCUCUUAUUAAUCGAUUUGGUGAUCUAGGCCCGAGAGAACUGCAAAUUCAUGAGCGAGCUUCAGUUGCGCAGGCCUGUAACAGCGAUGGAUGGCUUCUUAGAGGAGCCCGAUCUCCGGCUGAAGAGGAGCUUCACACACACCUCACCACCAUUCCUCUCCCCUCGCUAAGCUCCACAGAAGACUCUUACGUAUGGGAGAUAGAUGGAAAUGAGUUGCAGAACUUCUCCACAAGCAAAACGUGGAGCAUGGUGAGAAACAGGGCUUCGGAGCAGAACUGGACUCUGAACAUUUGGUUCAAAGGUCACAUCCCGAGACACGCCUUCACAACCUGGGUGGCGCAUCAGGAUCGUUUACCUACCAGAUCAAGACUAGUUGAUUGGGGCAUGAAAAUCCCUUCAUCUUGCUGUCUCUGUAGCUUGGCGGAUGAGAGUAGAGACCAUUUGUUCCUCCAAUGUGAGGUAAGUGAAGCAGUUUGGGCAUCUGUGCUGGUCCGACUCGGAUAUUCCCACUGGGGGUUCCACACUUGGACUGCCUUCUCGGAAUGGAUGAGUUUGCGAGACACGGUAGCGAGCUUGACACUCAAGCGCAUGGUUGCUCAGGUCACCAUAUCAACGCUCUGGACAGAGAGAAACAAGCGGCUGCAUGAUGUAGUGUCUCAGUCGCCUGCGGUUAUCUUCAAGACAAUCGACCGCAUCAUCCAGGACGCAAUUCUUGGCAGAAGGAAUACUGAUCUGUUCCGGCCUAUGAUGCAGGAAUGGUUCAGAUAUGAGUAG